GAUGUCGAGAUAUAAAGGCAAGGCCGAAAAGGAAGUUUCCCUUACUAACGAGGUUGCCCUUUUGAGAGGCAAGGUUAAAGAGAUGGAAUCUGAAAUUACAUCGUAUAAGAGAAAAUUGGAUGAAUUGCGUAGAGCCAAAAACACAACAGUCCUUAGAAAAGAGAAGGAGUACGUGCAAUGCGGAAUACAACGAAGAAAUUCCUCAACUUCUAACUCUUCUCUGGAAAGAGGAGAAGAUAAUCAAAAUAAGAAGCUUAACAAUAAAUGCAACCACGAAGAAGAGAUUUCAGUUCUUUAUCGUAAAAUCAGUGAUUUAGAGAUCGAAAGGGAAAAUUAUCUCUCAAAGCAAAAUAAGGAAACCAAAUUUCAAUGCAAUCACGAAGAAGAGAUUCGAAAGUUAAAAGGUAUUAUAAAAGAGUUAAAUGAUGAUAAAUUUGCUUUACAAUUGGAAAACGAAGAUCUCACUAAAAAAGUUUCCGAAUUAUUCGACGAAUUAAGUGUAAAAGAGGCAACCUGGUGCGAAAACGUGAAAAAGAUAAAGGCUGAGACUCAAUUAAACUGGCAAGCGAGAUACGACGAAUGGAUGACUAAAACACAGGAGAAGAUUCAAGAAUUACAAACUGCAAAUGAACUGUUGCAGGGUUCAUUAAGGUUGGAGAGAGGAAGAUUAGAUAACGAAGACUUUCAUAACAAGUAA